AUGGACAAGGAAGGACUACCACAAUACUCCGAGGUCGUCAGACCAUGGGCAGACCGUCGUCGUAAACGCCGCGUCUUUCGACUUGUGGCAGCUACAGCUCUUUCCUACUUUGCAUAUUCAGCAUACAAGAUCUCUGCAAACACCGAGAAGCCAGUCAGUCUGCUUUCUGCAACUCGCUUACAAGAGGACUUUGCUACAUGCGCUGCUCUCCAAAGAGUCCCGGAAGCUCUAUCUAGCGGACGUGAAUACAACAAGCGUUAUGUGAACGGCACCAAGCCCGUGCUGAUUCACAAUGCUACCGUUUGGACCGGAGAACCUGCACAUGGGACAAGUGAAGAAGACGCUCGGCAAGGCAAAGGCUAUGCUUGGGUCCAAUCAGAUGUCUUCAUCGAACACGGUCUCAUCAAGAAAGUCGCGUCAUCCAUCUCGCUUGCAGACCUUCCUUCGGAUGUUGAGACUUUCAAUGCCCAUGGACGUCAAGUGACAGCUGGCAUAGUUGACAUGCACAGUCAUGCCGGUCUCGGCAGUCUUGGAGGCCUCCAGGGAGAUGAGAACGAGCUUUCGAGCGAUAUCACUCCUUACGUCAAGUCAUUAGACUCUCUUGACCCGCUUCAUCCGGAGAUACAGUGGAUCAAGUCCGGUGGUGUCACAACUUCGCUGCUCCUUCCUGGCUCUGGAAAUAACAUCGGUGGAGAGGCAUUCCUUGUCAAGCUUGCUGUUGGCAAGGAAGGUGGCCGUGCUGAGCUCAGUCAGCAAGACAUGCUGGCGGACCCUGAUCACACCUGGAGAUAUAUGAAGAAUGCCUGUGGCGAGAACCCCAAGAGAGUCUAUGGCAAAGUCGGCGAGAGAGGUCCUUUCAGCCGCAUGGGCGAAGGUUGGGAGUUCAGACAUGCAUACGAGCAAGCAAGAGAUUAUGUCAAGUCUCAAGACGACUGGUGUGCUGCUGCCAAAUCAGUCGGCGCUGAGAACAUGCACAGUUAUCUCCCUCAGCAACUCGAAUGGGAGAACUUGGGAGCCGUUCUUCGUGGUCAAGUUCGAGUAAACACCCACUGCUACACCAUUCCCGAUCUCGAAAUGUACGUGCGUCUCACCAACGAGUUCAAGUUCAGGGUCUACGCCUUCCAUCACGCUCACCAGACCUAUCUUGUGCCUAAUGUCCUGAAGAGAGCUUACGGUGGCACACCUGCAGCUGCUCUCUUUGGAGACAACAUGUACUACAAGGUUGAAAGUUACACAGCAUCUGAGCAGUCCGGCAAAAUCCUUUACGAUUCCGGAAUUACACCGGUUUACGUGAGCGAUAAUCCCGUCAUCAACUCCCAGCACGUCAAACAGGAAGCUGCCAAAGCUUAUGGCUAUGGUUUGCCGUAUCAUGUUGCACUGGCUGGCUUGACAUCUGCUCCUGCUGAGCUCCUCGGGAUGGGAGAAAGACUUGGAAAGCUCAAGGCUGGCUUUGAUGCUGAUGUCGUUGUCUGGGACUCUGAUCCGCUAUCUCUCGGUGCCGCACCAAUUCAGGUCUGGAUUGAUGGUGCGCCUCAGUUCAAGGAUCCUGUGGAGCUGAAGAAGCCUCUGACUUCGCCCAUCAAACCUGAUCUUGCACUUGCAGAGGAUCACAGCGAGGCUGAAACCGGCGAGGAUGUCGUCUUCACGGGUGUCACCAACAUCCGUAUCCCUGGACUGGCCUCCUCGUCUGAAAUCAAAGGCCCGGCCACCGUGGUCGUCUCUCGUGGCAAGAUCAUUUGUGCCGGCUCUUGUGACAACGAGGUACGCACUGCGGCCAAGAACAAUGCUCGUACUGUGACUCUGAACAAUGGAUACCUCACUCGCCCGCUCACCGCGUUCGGCUCUGGUUUGGGCCUACAGGAAAUCAUGCAGCAGCCACAGACUUACGAUGGUCGUGUCAACUCGAAGACCUGGGCAAGAGCAGUUGACGGUCUCCUUCUUGACGGCAAGAACCUCUUUGCAGCUUAUCGUCACGGUGUUACCAAGGCCAUAUCGGCCCCAAUUGCUCAUGGCGGGGGUAUCUCCCUUCGUGGCAUCUCUGCUGGAUUCUUGACUGGUGCAAAGACACCGUUGAGCAAGGGAGCUGUAUUUGCCGAGGAAGCAGCAGUCCACUAUGACUUCACCCUGAAGGCGAAAGAUGAUACCAACCCAUCGAUCUCAAGUCUGGUAGCCAACUUGCGCCACUUGCUUCUCGAAGCAGUCCGCAACAACGAGACCAUCACCGACACCUUCUCGGAAGCUGCAUACCUGAAGAAAGUCGUAGAAGGCAAAUCUGCUCUUGUACUGAGCGUGCACAGCGCAGACACCAUCUCUGCUCUUCUCCGUCUGAAGUCUACCGUGGAAUCUGAAAGCAAGACCACUCUCCGCCUUGUUGUUCUCGGAGCCGCAGAGUCCUACCUCGUAGCCAAGGAGUUGGCAGACGCCGACGUCGCAGUCGUGCUAGCUCCACUACUUCCGUGGGCACAGUCUUGGGACCAGCGCCGCUCUCUCAUGGGAGCACCCCUCCAUAACGGCACCGCCAUUGACGUCCUCCUAGACGCUGGUGUCCGUGUUGCCAUCGGCGUUGAUGAAAUCUGGGAAACCAGGGAUCUGGGUCUUACAGCUGGUAUUGCGUACAAGAACAGCGAAGGCAGAUUGACCGAGCAGCAAGCUCUGGAUCUUGUCAGCAGUAACUUCUACGAGUUCUUGGGUUUGGAGGAGCCGGAGGUGGGGAGUGAAUUUGUUGUUCAUGAGGGCAGCCCGUUGGAGAUUGGGGGUAGGGUUGUUGCUAUUGCCGAUGGCUCGGGUAAGACUGAGGUUUGGGUUUGA